AUGAAGCAGUUGAUCCGACGUCUCUCCCGCGUCGCCGACUCCUCGCAGUACUGCCUCCUCCGCUCCGACUCCUCCUCCGCUGCCGCCGCGUCCGGUUCUUCUUCGAGGACUCGCAGAGUACUGAAGCUCCGGCGACGGAAGAGCUCCUCGGAGACCGGAGUUCCCGAGGGACACGUGCCGGUGUACGUCGGUGACGAGAUGGAGCGGUUCGUCGUCUCCGCCGAGCUUCUCAACCACCCGGUGUUCGUCGAGCUUUUGAACAAGUCGGCGCAGGAGUACGGCUACGAGCAGCGCGGCGUGCUCCGGAUUCCCUGCCACGUGGUGCUCUUCGAGCGCGUCCUCGAGGCGCUCCGCCUCGGACGCGCCGCGCCGUCCAGUGACAUCAGCGACCUCCUCGGCUCCUCCUCCGACGAUCGUCACUUCAUCUACGCCAAUUAG